AUGGAGUCCAGAGGGAAGGGAGCCAGCAGCCCCAAGCCCGACACGAAGGUGCCCCAGGCUGCCACUGAGGCCAAGGCCACCCCAGCCAGCGACGGAAAAGCUCCCUCCGCCAAGCCCGUGAAGAAGGAGGCCCAGGCGGAGAGGCAGGAGCGGCCGGCAGCCCCCGCCCCCGCGCCCGCCAAGGCAGCCCCCGCGGCCCCCGUGGCCCCCGGCAGUCCCGACGCAGCCCCGGAGCCCAAGGAUCCCGGGGACGGGGCCGAAGAGCACGCAUCCACGUGCGGGGGCCCCGGGGGCCGAGGGCCCUGGCCCUUGGAGAACUUGACCCCCUUGCUGGUGGCCGGGGGUGUGGCCGUGGCAGCCGCGGCCCUGGUUCUUGGAGUGGUCUUUUGGGCCCGGAAAAAAUGA